AUGAAGAAAUCUACGGCCGACAAGGAGAAUUGCCCGGCUGAUUCGAAACGCUACACCAAUUUGAAGAUGAAGGAAGAGGUAGAGGCGAAGAAGGCCAAAGCGAGGAAGAGGGUGGGCUUUGUGUCUUCCCAACCGACCGAGGUGCUCACGUUCGAGAAGGACGAGGCGCCCGAGAUCAACCUGGCGAGCAUCGUCAGCCGAAGCUCAUCGCGAACGGCCGCGCGCGUCCCAAUCAGCCCCAUCGCACCCAAGGCGAGGAAGGGCGACACGAUGAUCGUGGAGGAGGUGCUCGAAUGGGAUGAAGACGACGACGAGGCUGGCGGUAUGAGCUGCUUCUCUCUGCACGAUCUGCAGGGCGAGGUCAAGGUCACGCGCGANACCGAGCAGAUGAGCAUGGCCGAGCUGCGGCGCGAGCUGCAAGAACGACGCAAAUCGACCGCUGGCACUAAGUCCGAGCUCAUCCAGAGGCUGAACCGAGCGCUCAAGAGAGCCAAGGACGUUGAAGUGAUGGACGAUUAA